GCGCUCAAUGCAACUGCCUGCUGCCUCAAUAUGGAAACUAAUUUCCACUGAGGGAGAACAGACUAACAUCAACAAGAUUGCAAAAUGACUCCUUAUCGUUUUUUCGUAUGAAAAACAUUUAAUUCUUCCAACAUGCAAAACGACACGGCGCAACUGGCAGACUGCGAUGUGGGACACGAUGCCAAAAUCAGUCUUGCGGCACUCUAUUCUCUCAUGUCCCUGUUUGGGACCAUUUUAAACCUUCUGGUUGUCUACCUGGUCGUGACAUUUAAGAAACUUCGGACGGCUAGCAAUGCGUUUAUUGUGAACGGCUGUAUAGCCGACCUGUUGGUGUGCGCAUUUUGGAUGCCGCACGAGGCGGUGGGAAUUUAUUCUGGAAGCCCUUUCCCGGCUGGGUACCAAGCCUUCAAAGAUGCGCUCUUAUUCCUCGGCAUCACUGUCUCUCUUCUCUCCCAUUCCCUGAUCGCCGUCAACCGAUACGUGUUGAUUACCAAAUCACCAGUGACCUAUCUGUCCAUCUACCAAAAAAGACGCACAGAAUGGAUGAUAAGCGCUUCGUGGCUUUCGGCGCUGGGAUUUAUUUUACCCUGGAUCACAUCUUUACGGUACCCACAGGAAGGAUGCUCAUAUCUCCCGGCUUCCGCAGCAUCACUGCUCAAAGGAGGGAAGCCCAUUUUCUCUGACCCAUUUGCAGCUGGUACCCUGGCGUUGACUAUUAUUGGUCAGACAAUGGUUGUUCUGUAUUGCUAUUUAAAAAUCUUUCGAAGGGUGCAGAUCAGUGUGAAGAGGGUCAGCAUAUUACAUUUUCCUAUAGUAAAUAACCUUCCAUAUUCGUUCCCCAGAAAGGACAAACGUUUGGGGUUCUACGUGUUGGCAGUGUGUUUCAUAUUCAUACUCACUACACAGCCUCUUUUCUGGGUGUUAUCAAUAGCGCUUUUUACCACAGUGCCAUUGGCACUAAGGACUUGUUCUUGGAUGUUUUUCUGCACUCUCUUUGUUACAAACCCAUUUCUCUACACUUGGAAGAACGAGGAGUUUAGAAAAUCUUUCAGAUCCGUGCUCAAGGGAGAAUUUUGGAGAGGGUCUACAGUUGGGGUUGAGCCCAUCACAAUUAAUACAAUAUCUCACCUUCUGCCGAGACAAAACAGUAGAAGGGCAUUUUUGGCUGAGAUAAAUUGAACAGCAUCUGAACUGCAAUGACAUUGGUCCCCUGUAAGGAUACAUCCCUAUAGUGUUUUAGAAAGCUUACCUGGCAACUCAAUUCAAAAUGACGCUAUUGGUUGCUCAGCAUUGUAAAAUGUUAGUGAUGCUGUUAAGGUAUUAUUAUUAUUAUUAUGUAGUGCCAUUAUGCAAUAAAUUGUAGGUCAACCAGAAGAACACUCAGCAAAUUAAUACACAGUUUGUAAAACAUUGUAUCAAAUUCGUUUUUGUUUAUAUUCAUGUAUUUUUCUAUAUACAUUUUUUAUGGACCAUGGUUGUAAUAAGCCUUUAUGCAAAUUGUAA